AUGGCUGCUUCUGGAUUACUGUUUAGGAUCAUUUUGUUCAUCCUAAUCAUCGCCAUUGCAAUAACAAAUGCCCACACUCAGUCUUUUGAGUGUCCCAACUUCAGUUCAACUUGUAUAAAGCACCUUAAGCUAGAAGGGAGUGCUUCUACCUCAGGUUCCGCUAUCCAACUCACAGAAGAGAACGCAAUAUACCCAAGCAAAUCGUUUGGGAGCGCAGGGCGAGUCACGUAUGCUGAACGAAUAAACCUUAGGGACAAGAGUUCAAAUGAACCAAGAGACUUCAUUACCAACUUUUCCUUUGUUGUUUCCUCAAAUCAGAGUAUCUAUGGCGAUGGUUUGGCAUUCUUCCUUGCAAGCCCAAAUCUUCCAUCCACAGAUAAGUUACAGCUAAGAGGAGGAAGUCUUGGGGUUGGCCUAACGGAUGGUGAUCGUGAGCUCUUCCGGUUAGGUUAUCGAUUCCUGGCAGUGGAAUUUGACACUUUCAGAAACCCAUGGGACCCAGUUGGUGCUCAUGUAGGCAUAAAUAUCAAUGACAUGGACUCUAAAAUUUUUGAGACAUGGUGGAUAAAUAUGACACAUAGGAAGGUUUGUAACUGUAGUAUUGUAUACGAUUCUAGGAACAGUAUUUUGAAUGUCUCUUACACUGGAUACAAAUUAAGCGAUGGGAAAGUGAGAAAGACUACACAACAUCUUUCAUACUCUGUCGAUAUAAGGCAGGAAUUACCAGACUCCGUUGUUGUUGGCAUAUCAGCUGCAACUGGAAGAUAUUCUGAACAGCAUGCCUUGCUCUCAUGGUCGUUUAGCAUCACCCCACCAAGUACGGCCGAUAAAGAAAAGGAAUGGAAGCCUGUCAUGAUAACAUUGAAGGGAAUAGGAAUUGGUGCUGUCUUGUUUUUGAGUUUGUUAGGAAUGGUUGAGAUUUCAUUGAGGAUGAUUGCCAAGAGAAAGGAAGUAGGUCACACUUCAAAGGCCACUUCUGAUCCAAAGAUGGAUGAUAAAUUACAAAUGAGCACUGGACCCAAGAAGAUUAGCUAUCAUGAAUUGGAAACUGCAACCAACAACUUUGAUGAGACGAAUAAGCUUGGGCAUGGAGGGUUUGGUGGUGUUUAUAAAGGCUAUUUCAAAGACUCCAACACCUAUGCUGCUAUAAAGAGGAUAUCAGCAGAUUCUAAGCAGGGUGUAGAACAAUACACUGCAGAAGUGACGAUUAUUAGCCAAUUGAGGCACAGGAAUUUGGUGAAACUCACUGGUUGGUGCCACAAGAAGAAAGAUUUUCUCUUGAUAUACGAGUACAUGGAAAAUGGCAGCUUAGACUCUCAACUUUUUCGGGGAGAAAGUAUAUUACCCUGGGAAGUGAGGUACAACAUAGCGCUGGGCUUGGCCUCAGCAUUGCUUUACCUACAAGAAGAAUGGGAGAAAUGUGUGCUUCAUAGGGACAUCAAAUCAAGCAACAUAAUGUUGGACUCCAACUUCAAUCCCAAGCUUGGUGACUUUGGCCUAGCUAGGUUGGUGGAUCAUGAUAAAGGGUCAGAAACCACAGACGUGGCUGGGACCAUGGGUUACUUAGCUCCUGAGUACAUGAACACAGGCCAGGCUCGAAAAGAGUCAGAUAUAUUCAGUUUUGGGGUUGUUGUGUUGGAGAUAGCCACUGGAAGAAAAGCCAUUCACCACAAACACAUGGAGGGUGAGGUAUCAGUGGUUGAGUGGGUGUGGAAGCUAUACGAAUUGGGAAAUCUGCUUGCAGCAGCAGAUGAAAACCUAGUUGGGGAAUUUGAUGUGAAGCAAAUGGAAUGUUUACUGGUAGUUGGUCUUUGGUGUGCUAAUCCAGAUUCAGCAUACAGACCUGCAAUAAGGCAAGUGAUUAACGUCCUUAACUCUGAAUCUUCUUUACCAAUUCUUCCACAGCAGAUCCCAGUUUCAUGA